AUGAUGGCUUCAACGUUCCUAGCUCACUUCAAUCUCAACCUCCCUUCUCUCCAGUACACUCCCUUCCAUACCUUCUUGGAAGUUAUUAGACCCACAAGAAGAAAACCAUUACUGUCUUCCCAAUUUCAUAUUAACAAUAAAAACUCCAACUUCAACGCCAAAUUAUGCUCCAACCGUACAGUGCUUACCAGGGUCUGUGGUGAUGGAGGUGGAAGUGGUGCCAUUGAUGCCAGUCCACAACAAAAGAAGGUUGAGGAAAAAGGUAGCUCAUCUAGUUUCAAUGAUAGCUAUGUGGCCUUGUUUGUUCGGAUGCUUGGGCUAGAUAACGAUCCUCUGGAUAGAGAACAGGCAAUAGUGGCACUGUGGCAAUAUUCACUCGGAGGAAAGAAGUGCAUUGAUAAUAUCAUGCAGUUUCAGGGAUGCAUCAAUCUCACUGUAAACCUCCUCCAAUCGGAGUCUAGUUCGGCAUGCGAGGCAGCUGCUGGCCUCCUACGAUCAAUAUCUUCAGUUAAUGUAUACAGAGAUGUGGUUGCAGAAAGUGGAGCAAUAGAAGAGAUAACUGGUUUGCUCUGUCAACCUUCUUUGACUCCUGAGGUGAUGGAGCAAAGCAUAUGCAUUCUUUGGAACUUGUCUGUGGAUGAGAAGCUCAGGGUGAAAAUUGCUAACCCUGAUAUCCUGCCUUUACUGAUUAAGUCCCUGGAAGAUGAGGACAUGAGAGUGAAGGAAGCAGCUGGAGGAGUAUUGGCAAAUUUGACAUUGACCCACUCCAACCAUAACAUCAUGGUUGAAGCAGGGGUUAUUCCUAAGUUGGCGAAUUUCUUAAAAUCUGCGGUUGAAGAAGAAUCCAAGGUCAUUAGGAAGGAAGCUAGAAAUGCUCUGGUGGAACUUUCUAAGAAUGAAUACUAUAGAAUCCUUGUCAUGGAGGAAGGUCUAGUUCCUGUGCCAUUAAUCGGCACAGCUGCAUAUAGAUCCUUUACUCCAUCUUUGCAUUCAUGGCCACGUUUACCUGAUGGUUCAAACAUUGAACGUACUUCUAAAGGUCCUUCAAGGUUUGGUGCUUCUGAAUUGCUCCUAGGAUUAAAUAUUGAUAACAAGAAUGCAAAACUUGAGGAAGCUAAGAUGAACGCAAUAAUUGGACGAUCUAAGCAACAAUUUCUUGCUCGUACUGGAGCUAUAGAAGUCGAAGACACAAAAUUAUCUCAAAGUGAAUUAUCUAAAAAUAGGCAAUUUACACUCUUGCCAUGGAUGGAUGGUGUGGCAAGAUUGGUUUUAAUUCUUGAACUUGAAGAUGAGUCAGCCAUUUGCAGAGCUGCAGAGUCAAUUGCUGAUGCAUCUAUCAAUGAACAUUUGCGAAAUUCAUUUAAGGAAGCUGGAGCGGUCAAGAAUUUAAUUCAGCUCUUGGACCAUAACAAUAAUGCCAUCAGAUUUGCUGCUGUUGGCACUUUGGAGAGGUUAUCUAUCAGCAAUGUGGUUUGUCAGACAAUUGAAGCUGAAGGUGUUAUUGCUUCCUUGAUUAACGUCUUAAAGAACUCAGAGAUGUCUGAAAGCAUGAUGGAAAAGGCAUUGAAUUUACUGGCUCGAAUCUUAGACCCUAAUAGAGAAAUGAAAUCAAAGUUUUAUGGUGGACCAGUUAAUGGAUUUAAAAAAGAAUUUGAUGCAGCAAGAGGCGAUGAUUCUUCUACUGGAUUAAGUAGAAAAGUUGAUGAAAUGCCAAAUUCAAAAACAAAUACCAGACUAGAUGUGUUGGACUUCGAUGUUGUUGCUCGCCUAGUUGAUCUUCUAAAGCACCCAUCCCCAGAGUUACAAAGAAAAGCAGCUUCUGUCCUUGAGUUUGUGGCAAUUAGUGACUUAAGCAUGGACACAAUCAUCUCGGCGAACAUCGAAUCUGGUCUGCUUGCUAUCUUCCAACAAAUAGAUUUAAAUGAAUUGGAAACUGAACAGACACAAAUACGUGCCAUUCAAGUUGAAGAAGCUGGUCUUGCUAUAUCUGCAGCUUCUCGGUUACUCACGAAACUUCUUGAUUUUGAGCAGUUUCGGCGCACGAUAAACUCUGCUCAUUUCACUAAGUUGCUCCGUCAGAUCCUGAAAUCGAUCAUUCCUCUUCAGCACAAAGAUUGGGUUGCUGCUUGCCUUGUUAAACUCAGCUCCUUGUUUGGUCCUACUCCCGUCCUAGAAUUUGAGAAUCCAAUCAACAUGGAAGUUACCCUUUACGAGAAGAUACCAAGACUAAUAGAGCAAAUCAGAUCCUCUUUCUCUCUAGAAGCACAAGAAGCUGCAGUUGUAGAACUCAACGGGAUAAUCUCUGAGGGAAUGGUAGAUGCCACUCGAUCUGUUGCUUCUGAUGGUGGAAUAUUUCCAUUGGUGAAGCUACUAGAUGGAGGAAGUGAGAGGGCUGUCGAAGCAGCCUUAUCGAUACUAUAUAAUCUGAGCAUGGACAAUGAAAAUCAUGCCGCAAUUAUAGCUGCUGGGGCAGUGCCAGCUUUGAGGAGAAUUAUUCUUUCAGAAAGGUCACAAUGGAAGCGAGCUUUGCGUUUGCUGAGGAAUUUACCUACAUGA